AUGACUCUGCCCCACAACCCUGGAAGUGUGGGGGAGCCCCAGCCCCCCCAGACCAUGGCGGUUCACAGGCGGGAGCACUUCCGGGAGGAGGAGCAGAAGGAGGAGAGGCAGCGGAGCCUGCACGUGGGUUCCUCAACGCGGAAGCGGACCUUCCAUACCAGUGAGGAAGAGUAUCAGUUCAGCGCGGCAGACUACGCCCUCGCAGCAGCCCUGGUUCUGACAGCCUCCUCAGAGUCAUCUUGGGAGGCCCAUCUGAGGCACCAGUCCUCCACCGUGGAGCUAGAGGAGCGCGGGCAGAAGCGGGUUGGCUUCGGCAAUGACUGGGAGAAGACGGAGAUUGCCUUCCUACAGACCCACAGGCUGCUGCGCCAGAGACGUGACAGGAAGACUCUGAGGCGGCGGACAGAGGAGAAGAUCCGGGAGGCCAAGGAGCUAAGAGAGCUGUGUUCCGGCCGGGGGCCCUGGUUCUGGAUCCCUCUGCGCUCCCAUGCAGUCUGGGAACACACCACAGUCCUGCUAACCUGCACUGUCAAGGCCUCCCCUCCACCCCAAGUCACCUGGUACAAAAACGAGGUACGAAUUGAUCCCCGCCUCUUUCCUGCCGGAAAAUACCGAAUCAAGAACAACUAUGGACUGCUGACCCUGGAGAUUAGGAGAUGCACCAUUGAGGACUCAGGCACCUACACUGUGAUAGUGAAAAACGCCUAUGGCCGAGCCUCCUCCUUUGCCAAAGUCCUCGUCCGCACGUACCUGGGGAAGGAUGCUGGCUUCGAUUCGGAGAUCUAUAAAAGAUCCAUGUUUGGCCCCAAAGUGGAGUUCACAUCAGUGCUGAAGCCUGUCUUUGCCCGUGAGAAGGAACCCUUCUCCCUGUCCUGCUUAUUUUCGGAUGGUGUGUUGGAUGCCGAACAGAACAUCCAGUGGUUCCGAGACGGGAGCCUACUGAGGUCCUCUGGGCGCCGGCAGAUCCUCUUCGCAGACCGCCAGGCAUCCGUGAAGGUGUCCUGCGCCUACAAGGAGGACGAGGGCCUCUACACGGUCCGGGUGCCCUCGCCCUUUGGGGCCCAGGAGCAGAGUGCCUAUGUGUUUGUGAGAGAUGCUGCAGCUGAGAAGCCAGGGGCCCCAGGCUCCCCACUGAACGUCCGAUGCCUGAAUGUGAAUAGAGACUGCCUCAUCCUGACCUGGGCCCCGCCCAGCGACACCCGGGGCAGCCCCAUCAUUGGCUACUCCAUCGAGCAGUGCCAGGGUGAGUCCGGGGAAUGGGUGCCCUGCCACAAGGCCCCUGGGGGGACCUGUCGGUGCCCAAUCCAAGGCCUCAUCGAAGGCCAGAGCUAUCGGUUCCGGGUAAGAGCCAUCAGCCAAGCAGGAAGCAGCCUCCCUUCCAAAACCUCAGAGUUGGUUGUCAUGGAUGAUCCUGAUGAAGCCCGGAAGAAGAUAGAGAUCCCCUUUGAUCUGGGAAACAAGAUCACAAUCAGCAAAGAUGACUUUGAAGACUCUGUGACCAUCCCCUCGGCCCCAACCAAUGUUCACGCCAGCGAGAUCCGAGAGGCUUAUGUGGUCCUGGCCUGGGAGGAGCCUAGGCCCCGAGGCAAGGCCCCACUGACAUACUCCCUGGAGAAGUCUGUCAUAGGUAGUGGCACCUGGGAGGCCAUCAGCUCAGAAACCCCUGUGAAAUCCACACGAUUCGCCCUUUUGGAUCUGGAGAAAGGGAAGUCAUAUGUCUUCAGGGUGCGAGCAAUAAACCAGUAUGGCAUGAGCGAUCCCUCAGAGCCCAGCGAGCCCGUCACCUUGGGGAAGAAACAAGUUACCCUGCCUCCUCCCACUCAAGUUCAAGCUUUCCGAGACACACAGACCUCCAUCUCCCUGACCUGGAAUCCUGUGAAAGAUGCACCUGAGCUCCUGGGUUACUAUAUCUACUCCCGGGAGGCGGGUUCUUCAGAGUGGCAAACAGUCAACAACAAGCCCAUUCAGGGCAACAGGUUCACAGUUCCCGGCUUGAAGACAGGCAAGGAGUAUGAGUUUUGUGUCAGUUCAGUCAGCGAGGCCGGGGUAGGUGAGCACUCAGAAGCCACCGAACCCAUCAGGGUCAAGCAGGCUCUGGCCACUCCAUCUGCCCCAUACGAUUUCACCCUCCUGAACUGUGGGAAGAAAGAUAUGGUCAUUGGGUGGAAACCCCCCAAGCGUCGAGGAGGUGGCAAGAUCCUGGGCUACUUCCUGGACCAGCACGACUCAGACGAGCUGGACUGGCAUCCAGUCAACCAGCAGCCCAUCCCGGCCCGGGUCUGCAAGAUUGGCAACCUUCAUGAAGGCCACUUCUAUGAGUUUCGUGCCCGGGCAGCAAACUGGGCAGGUGUUGGUGAGCUGUCAGCACCCAGCAGCCUGUUUGAGUGCAAAGAGUGGACGAUGCCCCAACCAGGGCCCCCCUAUGAUGUGCGGGUGUCCGAGGUGCAGGCCACCUCCCUGAUGCUGCAGUGGGAGUCCCCGCUGUACACAGGAGCUGGACCAGUCACAGGCUUCUGUAUCAGUUACCAGGAGGAAGGCUCUGAGCAAUGGAAGCCAGUCACCCCACACCCCAUCUCUGACAACCACCUGAGGAUUUCUGACUUGGAGUCAGGAAAGAGUUACGUGUUCCGGGUACAGGCUGUGAAUUCAGCUGGCCUGGGGCAGCCAUCAAUGCCCACCGACCCCGUGCUCCUGGAGGACAAGCCAGACGCCCGGCAGAUCUCAGUUGGCGUGGAUGAAGAAGGCCGUAUCUACCUGGCAUUCGAAGCCCCUGAGGCCCCAGACUCUUCAGAGUUUCAAUGGUCCAAGGACUACAAGGGCCCCCCAGACCCUCAGAGGGCCAAGAUCGAGGACGAAGUUGACAAGUCCAAGGUCAUCCUGAUAGAGCCUGGCCUCGAGGAUCUGGGCACAUACUCAGUAGUAGUCACUGAUGCUGAUGAAGACAUCUCAGCGAGCCACACACUGACCGAGGAAGAGCUGAACAAGCUGAAGAAGUUGAGUCAUGAGAUCAGAAACCCAGUAAUCAAGUUGAUCUCCGGCUGGAACGUCGAGGUGCUCGAGCAGGGAGAAGUGCGGCUUUGGCUGGAAGUAGAAAAGUUAUCUCCCGCCGCUGAGCUGCAUCUAAUCUUCAACGAGAAGGAAAUCUUCAGCUCACCGAAUCGCAAAAUCACUUUUGACCGAGAGAAGGGCCUGGUGGAAGUGAUUAUCCAGAACUUUUCCGAGGAUGACAAAGGGUCCUACACUGCUCAGCUCCAAGAUGGAAAAGCCAAAAACCAGAUCACUCUGGCACUGGUGGAUGACGAUUUUGACAAACUUCUGAGGAAGGCAGAAGCUAAGAGAAGAGACUGGAAGAGAAAACAGGGUCCCUAUUUUGAGGAGCCUUUGCAGUGGAAGGUCACCGAGGACUGCCAAGUGCUGCUGACAUGCAAGGUGACCAACACCAAGAAUGACACCUGCUUCCAGUGGUUCUUCCAGAAGAGAGAGAGGCCAGAUGGUCAGUAUGACCCACAGACUGGAGCAGGGCUUCUCUUCAUUGAAGAGUUGUCGAAAGAGGACAAAGGAAUUUACAGAGCGAUGGUUUCUGACAAUCGAGGGGAAGAUGACACCAUACUGGACCUCACGGGUGAAGCCCUGGAUGCCAUCUUCACUGAGCUGGGCAGGAUUGGUGCCCUCUCUGCAACCCCGCUGAAAAUCCAGGGUACCGAGGAGGGCAUCCGGAUCUUCAGCAAGGUCAAGUACUACAACGUGGAGUACAUGAAAACCACCUGGUUCCACAAAGAGAAACGCCUGGAGAGCGGUGACCGGCUGAGGGCUGGCACCACCCUUGAUGAGAUCUGGCUGCACAUCCUGGACCCCAAAGACUCAGACAAAGGCAAAUACACUCUGGAAAUAGCUUCUGGGAAGGAAGCCCGGCAGCUCUCGGUUGAUCUCUCAGGGCAAGCUUUUGAGGACGCCCUGGCUGAACACCAGCGGCUGAAAGCUGCGGCCAUCAUCGAGAAGAAUCGUGCCAAAGUCGUGAGGGGCCUGCCAGAUGUGGCCACAAUUAUGGAAGACAAGACUCUGUGCCUCACCUGCAUCAUUUCAGGUGACCCCAUCCCUGAAAUCUCUUGGCUGAAGAAUGACCAGCCUGUCACCUUCCUUGACCGCUACCACAUGGAGACGAGGGGGAUGGAGGUCACCAUCACCAUCAACAAGGUCCAAAGUGAGGACAGCGGGCGCUAUGGUGUCUUUGUCAAGAACAAGUAUGGCUCUGAGACGGGCCAGGUCACCAUCAGUGUGUUUAAGCACGGGGAGGAGCCCAAGGAGCUGAAGAAGAUGUGAAGGGGCGUGUUCGGGCACAGCCUGAGGUCCAAUCUGCAUGGACCAGUAGGGUCAGCCAGUGGCAUAUAUCCUGGCACAGGUCACAGGAAUGGGGAAGAGAAGAGAGAGAGGAUGAGGAUGGAACCCAGAAUGUGAGGGUGGAGGUAAGACGAUGCAACAAAGUGGGGAAGCAAAGACUUUGCAGAGGUCCUGAGAAGCAUCUGGGAUAGCAAGACGAGCAGUGGACUUGGAGUAGUAGACCUAGGGUAAAGAUUUCACCUCUAAACUUGCCAUGACUCUUGGUUUUCUCAUCUAUCAAAUGGGAAUUCCUACUCCUAGAGAUUGUUUAUGAAAGCCCCUUAUAAACCGUAUGCCAGUGGUUCUCAACAGGAGGCAAUUUUGCCAGACAUUUGGUAAUAUCUAAAUUUUUGUUUGCCACAACUGAGGGGUCUCUAUGGGCAUCCAGCAGUUGGAGGCCUAGGAUGCUGCUAAACAUCCUACAAUGCUCAGGACAGCCCCCCACAACGAAGAAUUAUUUGAUCCCAAAUAUCAAUAGUUGACAUUGAGAGAGCUCACCAUGUACUGGUAUAUCACAAUAUCCUUCUUUUAGGAUAGAUUUUCAGUUCAUUUAAGUUCAACAAACAUUAAUUUGAAGCCUAGCAUGUGACAGGCUGAAGAUGGCACUAGGAAUGCAAAUAAAUGAUACUCAGACCUGCCCUCAAGAAGGUCCCAUCCGGUAGCAAAGACUGACCCAGGUACAAAUGGCACCAGUCCAAGAUAGAACAUGAUCAGGAUUUUAAAGCAGGUCCAAAUAAAGUGCUACCAGAGAUCAGAGGAAGGAGAUGUUCAUCCCAACUGAGGGAGAUAGUACUUCCAAACACCUUCACAGGAGGGGCAGAAUUGGUGCUGGACCCAGAAAAGUGAGUCCGAUCUGGCAGUGGAAAUGAGAGGACACUUCAGUGCUCCUCGUAUCUCAGUGCUCAUGGUGUGAGUAAAGGCAAGGAGGUGGAAUGAGGUUGCCUAGAUGGCCUUGGAUGCCAGGCAAGAGGUCUUGAUAAUCUUUAAGACUUCUUCUAGGGUGUGACUGAUGCCGAUUGGCCUUGCUUGGUGGAUCUCAAUGCAGAACUGGACAUUUCAGUGCCCUCCAGUGUCCUUUUUUUGAAUGUUUUUUGGCAUUUAUGAAAAUAAUAGAUGUUGUAAAAUUUUGGAAAACCCUGGAAAAUAUAAAGGAGAGAAUAAAAAUUGCCUUUACUACUAAUGGCAGGAGGUAACACCUGCCUCUGUUUUCUGAAAUGACUUCUUUGAACUAAAGGAUAAAAUGAAACACUCCUACAUUCACCACCAAAGCCCCCACCAAGGCAUGAUGGGUAUCGUGUCCCCCAGUGGCUCAUGUUCUAUGCUUCAUGAUUCAAGU